AUGGCUAGCACCCUUGUGGAGCAGGUGGACGUUGAGCUUCCAUCUGGAACGAACUUUGGUGACACAGGUCGAGCAGUUGGGGUUCUCCCAGGACGGAAGAGAAAGUCGUUGGAGCCGUCAGCGAGUAAAGUCAGCGCCCCGCGGCAGAAGAUCACAAGGGCCUGUGAUAGCUGCAAGGAAAAAAAGACCCGAUGUACCGGAACUCUGCCCUGCGGCAGAUGUACUAGGCUGUCGCUCGCCUGUGAAUACAAUGCCGCGUAUAGUCGAGGCUUGCCUCCGGAUCCGCCUCCAGCGCCUGCGUCAGUGGCUGCUAGGUACCUGAGAAACCGGCCUUCGUCGCACGCCUCCACCUCACAAAGUCCCAAUUCGCGAAAAUCAUCGCCGAAUAAGGAUUCAUCGCGGACUGCAAAGACUGUGCGCUCACAAUUAUCACAAGCGUCCGUGGAAAUGCCACGGCGUAACUCUCCCGAUCCAGUAGCCACUGAUUUUGAAGGCAACUAUCUCGGACCUGCCUCGGGCGUCUCGUUUCUAAAUCGCGUCUGGCGACGUCUGCACCAGGACGAGACAAGCGCUGUUCCUGAUGAGCUGCGAAAUGAAUCGUCACCGAAGAACACCUCUGUGUUCAUGUUUGGCGAUAAGCCGUACGCAAGUUAUCGCGAUGCGGGCUUUACUCUUCCUACGUUUGAUAAAGCCAUGGAGUUGGUGAGCAGGUAUUUCGACCACGCAAUGGUCACGUACCGCUUUCUUCAUCGUGGAAGCGUGGAGGAAUGGCUUAGACAAGUUUAUAAUUGCAAUAUAUCCCCUUCAAACUUGCCCACGGGACCGUUUGUGGCUCGAACUGCGAUAAUUCUUAUGAUCUUUGCCGUAAGUACUCUGCAUGCAGAACAAACUCAGGGGAAGCAGGCGGAAAGUUCGUGUGAAAGUGAACGGUGGUUUGCGGCCUCGAAAUAUAUGCUCUCGAUGGAAUUCGGGCCCCCGCGCCUCGAGACUGUUCAAGCACGACUGGGGCAAUGCCUUUACCUUCUGUCUUCUUCACGAGCCAAUGAAUGCUGGUAUACAUUUGGCACUGCCGUUCAGUUGGUGACAGCUCUCGGCCUGCAUCGACGGUGUGCCCCUAAAAUGUCGAAAAAGGGAACCUCAUAUCUGGAGAGGGAGCUCCGCAAACGGAUCCUCUGGAGCGCUUAUACACUAGACAAGUAUCUCAAUGUCAUCUUUGGACGGCCGCGGCUAUUGCAUGAUGAGGAUAUAGACCAGGAACUUCCCGAUGAAGUCAGCGAUGAGGAUAUUCUCCAAGACGAUCCAGCUAUGCGCCUGGGCACAACAGAUUCCAUGAUGAUUGCAUCUAUUCUGCACUUUAGGCUUGGACGCAUUCUCGGUGAGAUAUCGCGUCAGUUCUACACCGUCAAUCCCAUACACCGGGAAUCGCAUCUCGAAGCCGCGGUGCGAAUCACUUCGGAACUUGAAAGAUGGAAAGAAACAACGCCACCUCUGUUUAAUAGUGUUCGUCCAACAAGUCUUAUCCCGCCAUUAUGCAGGCAAAGCCAAGUCCUCCAGCUCGCCUACUGCCAUGCAAUGAUACACGCUACGAGGUCAUUCCUAUUGAAUGAUUUCACCGACCUUGGCCGUCGGCCAGCAGCUCCGCACCCAACGGUGACGACGCAUGUAACUAAAUGCCUUGAGGCAGCGGAGCAUGUCAUGAAGCUAGUGGACAGCAUAGCAAAGCAAGGCACCCUUAUCCAGUCAUUCUGGUUCACCCACCAUGUAUGUUUCUGUGCAAUUGUCGUGGUCUACAUCUACACCAUCCAGCAGCAUCGUCUGUCCUCAAACCUAGAGCCUGCUGAGCUAGAUACCAACAGCGUACGAUCACUCUUUAGCCUCGCGGAGGUCUGUCAGCAACAUUUGGCAGAAGCGACGCGCAAAAACUGCCCUAGCCGGCGUUAUGGUAUCAUUUUGGAGGAAACAAGGCUAGAAGUGCACAAGCAACUCGGCACAAAGCUCAUUAAGGGUUCGCUCGCUAACAACCCAGAACAAUCUCGAGACAUGCCUAUUCAGGAUCGCAGUGCCGUAGUCGAGCAGAGGCCAGUCGAUCCGACUGAUACGAACAAUGUCGUUCCGUUCAACUCUAUCAGCUAUGACGGGAAUUUCCCGUCAUCAGCUUUCGUAGAUGGACCACCUGAAAUGGGCGACGUUGGGUUUCUGGACAAUCUUGAAGGGUCCAUUUGGUGGACUCAAUUGGAUACUUGGGUUGGUAGUCCUGUCCUUUGGGCUGUUCUUAGCUAA